AUGGUAACGUUUCGUGCGUUGGUGAAGGAUCUGGAAAUGUUAAAGCAGAACCUGAUCAAAUCAGUGUUCAAGACGGUGACCACAGUGGAGGAAGGAGUUCGGCUUCUUGAUAUUUUUAGGCCAAUGUCUACUCGAGAGGCCAUUAAGCGGACAACAGAAGAGAAGAUGGAGCAAGUGUACAGCAUCUUUCGCAAAGAGCUCAAAAUGGCCAACAAGGAGCUGAAUCAGAGGACGAGGUCUUAUCCUGACCACAUGGCCCGGAUGGCAGGCGAGGCCCACUGGGUGAGGGCCCUCAAGCAACGCUUAGAGAUACCCAUGGAGGUGCUUCAGAAGGCCCACUUCAUGCCUGAGUCAAACAGCCGCAAGCAUGUCGUUUUAACCAAUGCCCAAAUGGUUCAGGUUUUUGACGAGAGGAUGAGGAAGAACUUCAGCACGUGGAGCCAGAACCUGGAUACACAGUACCUCAAGAGACUGGAGCAGCCACUCCUGCUGCGCUGCAAGGACAAGACCGCCAAGCUGGAGGUCAACUUUGACAACAACCUGUUACUUCUGUUCUCUGAGAUCCACUACUGGGAUCGACUGAAGUUUGAGAUCCCCCAGUGUGUGUCUGACAUUUACCAGGACAGGGACGAACUCCGAGGCCUGAGGGAGAGAGCACUGCUGCUGACCAGGGACUACAACAGGGUCAUUGGGAUGCUGUCUCCUGAUGAGAUAGGUCUGUUUCGCGAGCGGAUUCGUUUCCUUGAUAAGAAAGUUCAGCCGGGGCUGACCAAGCUCGAGUGGUUUUCUAAAGGGGCUUCUAAUAUCUUCAUCCGGGAAGGUCUCCAGCACGUGAACAAGGUUCAGUUGUUGGUUGAUGGAUACAAACUAUCCAACCUAUCCAUCUCCAACCUUUGUUGCCAAAUCAGCGAAACAUUGCUGGUUAGACUGGAUGGAAAGACUGUGUUCAGGAACCUGGAGUUUGAGGAUGACCAGAAGAAACACCAGCAGAGCCAACUCCAAACACUGCGCUCAGCACACCAGGAUAUUGCUGAAAUUAUGUCUCACAUCCACAGCACCUUCUCCAAUGAUGGGCCUGAGGUCGAGGAGCACUGGGCGAUCUAUACAGAGAAGGUGGAUCACAUGGUAGAAGAAGCUCUGAGGAGCAACAUCAAGAACUCCAUGAAGAAGCUGUCCAGGGCCAUCAAUGGAGACAACAAGACCUCGCCUAAUCCCUUGUUCAAAGUCAUGGUAGCAAUGCGCCAGGCAACUCCCACAAGUACACCGAAGGUCGAGAUCUCCCCUACGCUCGCAAAGCUCGCUCAGAUUGUGAACAUUAUGCCUCAGCUCAUCAACACCAUCUCAGAAUUCAAACGACUGUCUGAAGUUCUCUCCGGCAAGCAACCAGAGGGGAAUCCCAUACACAUCAACAUAGAGCAAGACGAGGAGAUAAAGAAGAUUCAGGCUGCAGUUGCCACAGGGAUGACAGCCAAUGCCAGCAACCUACAGAUCUAUCUAAAGACGUGGGACAGAUACAGGGAUAUCUGGGAGAACAACCAGGAUUCCUUUAUACAACGCUACAAGAGACUAAACCCACCAGUCACUACUUUUGAUGCUGAUAUACACAGGUACACAGAGAAGGCCAACAGUGUUCAGCAGGAAGAGACGGUGUUGACCAUCCGGUUUGUCAUGCUGGACUGUUCCCCUCUCAAGUCCUCCUUGGCGCAGCUCUGCAGCCAGUGGCAAACCAAGUUCACUCAGCUGCUCAGCCACAUGGCGAGCACCCGCCUCAAAGAACUUCAUGGCUCCAUGCAAGACAAUGCCAACAGGCUGAAGAAACCUCCUCAGACACUGGCAGAGCUCAGUGGGAACCUGAAGCUGUUGGAGACUCUUCAGGGCAACCUGGCCAAGACAGAGGCUCAGAUUCCUCUCAUCCACGAACAGUUUGCUAUCCUGGACAAAUACGAGGUCCCAGUGGAACAGGCUGUGCACGAGUUGCAUGAGGUGCUGAACGAGGACUGGGUGUGGUUCCAGCAGGUGUUGAUUGACAGUGACAUCCUGCUGCAGAAGGACAAGGAGAAGUUUAAGAACACCCUCCUCCUCUCCUCUGAGGAGCUCAAGAAGAAGACCCAGAGCACUAUGGAGGAGUUCAACAGCACAGGUCCAUUUGACAGUUCCCUCAGCACGGAGUUUGCCUUAAACCGAGUAGCCGAGCAUCACAGCCAACUGGAGGCUCUGAAACAGGAAGAGAUCACCCUCAUUGAAGGGCUGAACUUCUUUAAAAUAGAACAGCCCCCCUCCAAGAAGAUCCGGGCGCUCGAAAAGGACAUAGAACACCUGCAGCAGGUCUGGGCGAUCACAAAGGAGUGGAACGCCAACUGGAACAUCUGGAAGGUCGGUCAGUUUGCCACCCUGCGGACGGAGAACAUGGAGAGCACAGCACAGGACAUGUUCAAAAUACUCCACAAACUCCAGAGAGAACUAAAGGAUAAGGAGUGGGACAUUGUGGAUUUCACCAAGAAUAAGAUAGACCAGUUUAAGAGGAUCAUCCCUCUCAUUGCUGAUCUGAGGAACCCAGCCAUGAGAGACAGGCACUGGAAGCAGAUCUGCGACGAGCUGCAGUGCUCCUUUGACCAAACCAGCACUGAAUUCACCCUGGAUAAGAUCAUAUCUCUGGGCCUGGACAGGUAUACUGAGAAGAUCUGUGAGAUCUCUGGAGCCUCCAGCAAGGAACUCUCCAUAGAACAGAGCCUGGAGGACAUUAUCAAGACCUGGACGGACACACUCUUGGACAUCACACCUUACAAAGACAAAGGCCACUUCCGGCUGAUGAGCACAGAGGAGGUUUUCCAGGCCUUGGAUGACAACAUGGUCAUUCUGUCAACAAUGAAAGCUUCUCGCUUUGUCAAAGCCUUCGAGCGGGAGGUGGACAGCUGGGAGCGGCGGCUGUCACAGGUGCUGGAAGUCAUCGAGAUGAUCCUCACGGUGCAGCGUCAGUGGAUUUAUCUGGAGAACAUUUUCCAAGGUAAGGACAUCAGGGAGCAGCUGCCUUGUGAGUGCGAAGAGUUCGAAGAGGUUAGUUCUAGUUGGGAGACCAUCAUGGGCCGACUCCACAAGGAUAACAACGCCUUGCAGGGAACACACCACGCCGGCUUGCCGGAGAAGCUGUCAGAGAUGAGUAUGAAGCUGGAGGAGAUCCAGAAGGCCCUGGACAUGUACCUGGAGACCAAGAGGCAGAUCUUCCCCCGAUUUUACUUCCUGUCCAACGAUGAUUUACUGGAGAUCCUGGGGCAGUCACAGAACCCAGAAGCCAUGCAGCCCCACAUGAAGAAGUGUUUCGACAACAUCAAGAGCCUGAAGAUUGACAAGAUAAAUAAACCACUGGCGGUCGGGAUGUCUUCUGCUGAUGGGGAGUUUAUCAGCUUCUUUGCAACAGUAUAUCUGGACAAACCUGUGGAGGUUUGGCUGUGUGAUGUUGAGUUAAGCAUGCGUGAUACACUAAAGGAUUAUCUGAGCGGCUGCCUUGUGUCUCUGAAGAAGAUGUCAGGACAGAGAGACAAAUGGGUCAAAGAUUGGCCGGGACAGAUGCUGAUCACAGCCAGUCAGAUCCAGUGGACCAUCGAUGUCACCAAAGCGCUCUUCACCUGCAAGGAGAGGGGUGACAAAUCGUCCCUUAAAUCCAUGAAGAAGAAACAGGUCUCAAUGCUUCACUGCUAUUCAGAGCUCAUCCGUGGCAACCUGUCCAAAGUCCUCCGUCUGAAGAUCGUAGCGCUGGUCACAGUGGAGGUUCAUGCUCGGGAUGUCAUAGAUAAACUGGCCAAGGCAGGCUGCAAUGACGUUAAUGCCUUUGAGUGGCUCUCUCAGCUGCGACUCUACUGGGACAAGGAAUCCGAAGACUGCAUAAUCCGACAGACUAACACACGUUUCAAGUACGGCUACGAGUACCUGGGCAACUCCGGACGCCUCGUCAUCACUCCACUGACUGACAGGUGUUACAUGACCCUGACCACAGCCCUCCAUCUGCACCGGGGGGGCUCUCCUAAAGGUCCUGCGGGGACUGGGAAGACAGAGACAGUGAAAGACUUAGGCAAAGCUCUCGGCAUGUAUGUCAUUGUAGUCAACUGCUCUGAAGGACUGGACUACAAAUCCAUGGGACGCAUGUUCUCUGGACUGGCACAGACAGGAGCAUGGGGGUGCUUUGAUGAGUUCAACAGAAUCAACAUUGAGGUGUUGUCGGUAGUGGCUCAGCAGAUCCUCUUCAUCCUGUCUGCCCUCUCAGCCGGACAAACAAAGUUCCAUUUUGAAGGACAUCACAUAGGCCUGGUCUGGUCAUGUGGUAUCUUUAUCACCAUGAAUCCUGGUUACGCUGGUCGUUCCGAGCUCCCAGAUAACCUGAAAGCCAUGUUCAGGCCCAUCUCCAUGGUGGUGCCAGACUCAACUCUAAUCGCUGAGAUCAUUCUGUUUGGAGAAGGCUUCAACAACUGCAAGCUCCUGGCUAAGAAGGUGUUCACGCUGUACUCCCUGGCAGUGCAGCAGCUGUCCCAACAGGACCACUAUGAUUUUGGCCUGCGUGCCCUCACCUCCUUGCUCCGCUAUGCUGGACAGAAGAGACGCUUUUGCUGCAACGUUCCUGAUGAAGAAAUCCUACUGAUGGCGAUGAAAGACAUGAACAUUGCUAAGCUGACUUCUGCUGACGUGCCGCUGUUCAAUGGAAUCACCCAGGACCUGUUUCCUGCUGUGGAAACACCCGUCAUAGAUUAUGGCAAGCUGAGGGAGGCUAUAGAGGCGGAGCUUUGUCAGAGCGGUUUGCAGGUGAAUGCUUUCACCUUGACCAAGGUCAUCCAACUUUAUGAGACCAAAAACUCUCGACACUCCACCAUGCUGGUGGGCAAGACAGGCAGUGGUAAGAGUGUGACCUGGAGGACUCUGCAGAAGGCCCUCACCACCCUGCAUCAAAAAGGAGUGCCUGACUAUGAGCUGGUCCAGGACUAUCCUCUGAACCCCAAGGCCCUGAGUCUGGGAGAGCUGUAUGGAGAAAACGACCUCUCCACCAACGAGUGGUCUGAUGGAGUUCUGUCUUCACUCAUGAGAUCAGCAUGCGCAGAUGAGAAACCAGAUGAGAAGUGGAUCAUAUUUGACGGGCCUGUUGACACACUGUGGAUAGAGAGUAUGAACUCUGUGAUGGAUGACAACAAGGUGCUCACACUCAUCAAUGGAGAGCGAAUCUCCAUGCCUGAACAGGUGUCUCUGCUGUUUGAAGCUGAGAACCUAGCACAGGCCUCUCCAGCUACAGUGUCUCGCUGUGGGAUGGUCUACAACGAUUACACUGACCUGGGAUGGAAGCCUUUUGUCCAGUCGUGGCUGGACAAGCGAAACAAGGCUGAAGGGGUCCACUUAAAGCGCUUGUUUGAGAAAUACACGGAAAGCACACUGAACUUUAAGAAGACAAACUGCAAGGAGCUGAUUUCCAUCACUGAGCUGAACGGAGUAACCUCUCUCUGCCGCCUCUAUGACUCCCUGGCCACACCCAGCAAUGGGGUGAAUACUUCGGACACAGAAAACUUGGGUAGGAUGGUGGAGCUUUGGUUCAUCUUCAGCCUCAUCUGGUCUGUCUGUGCCUCUGUAGACGAAAAUGGACGCAAGAGGAUGGACAACUUCCUGCGGGAGAUAGAGGGCGCCUUCCCCAGCAAGGACACGGUUUAUGAGUACUAUGUGGACACCAAGAAUAAAACCUGGGCUUCCUUUGAAGAGAAACUGCCAAAGGGCUGGCGAUACAAUGCUAGUGCUCCAUUCUAUAAGAUCAUGGUUCCCACAGUGGACACAGUUCGCUACAACUUCCUGGCUAAGGCUCUGGUGAUGGGUCGGUACCCAGUGCUGCUCACUGGGCCCGUGGGCACUGGAAAAACCUCAGUGGCCCAGAGCAUCCUGCACGGCUUGGAUAACAAGUGGUCUUCCCUCACUGUCAACAUGUCCUCACAGACCACCUCUAAUAACAUCCAGGCCAUCGUGGAGAGCCGCAUAGAGAAGAGAACCAAAGGCGUGUUUGUGCCAGCGGGGGGGAAGCGCCUGCUGUGUUUCCUGGACGACCUCAACAUGCCAGCGCACGACCUCUUCGGCUCUCAGCCACCGCUGGAGCUGCUCCAUCUCUGGAUCGACUACGGCUUCUGGUACGACCGCCAGAAACAGACCUUAAAGUUUGUCAAGGACAUGUUCUUGAUGGCAUCUAUGGGGCCCCCAGGUGGAGGGAGGACUCACAUCUCUGGCCGCCUACAGAGUCGAUUCAAUCUCAUCAAUAUGACCUUCCCUCAUGAGUCCCAGAUUAGGCGGAUCUACAGUACCAUGAUCAACCAAAAGCUGCAGGGCUUUAAGGAGGAGGUAAAGCCCAUUGGAGAAAUUCUGACUCAGGCCACCUUAGAGCUGUAUUAUGCUGUUUCAGCUCGAUUCCUUCCAACUCCAGCCAAGAUCCAUUACCUCUUCAACCUCAGGGAUAUCUCUAAGGUGUUUCAAGGUCUGCUUAGAGCUCAUCCAGACUUCCAUGAUACUAAAAACAGCAUCACUAGACUGUGGAUCCAUGAGUGCUUUAGGGUUGUCUCAGACCGGCUGGUGGAUCACAGUGACUCUGAGGCAUUUGUUGCUCUACUGGGGGAGAAACUGGGCUCCCUCUUUGACCUCACCUUCCACAGCAUCUGCCCCAACAAACAACCGCCAAUAUUUGGUGAUUUCAUGAGUGACUCUCAAGUGUAUGAGGACCUAACGGACAUGAAGGGUCUCAAGAAGUUCAUGGAGACCCAGCUGGAGGACUACAGCCUGACUCCUGGCGUAGUGCCCAUGAGCCUGGUGCUCUUCCGAGAUGCUAUUGAACACGUAACUCGCAUUGUGCGUGUGAUCAGGCAGCUCAGGGGCAACAUGCUUCUUGUAGGUGUGGGAGGCUCCGGUAGACAGAGCCUGUCGAAGAUGGCCGCCUACAUCUGUGAAUACCAGGUGUUCGAGGUGGAAGUCACCAAGCAAUACCGGAAACAGGAGUUCAGAGAAGACAUAAAGAAGCUAUACCGGCUGACCGGUGUGGACAACAAGCCCACAGUCUUCCUGUUCAAUGACACACAGAUCGUGGACCAAUCCUUCCUGGAGGAUAUCAAUAACGUCCUGAGCUCUGGAGAGGUGCCUAACCUCUACAAACAGGACGAGUUUGUUGAGGUGUGCAGUGCUCUGUCAGAGUUUGCCAGGAAAGACAAAGUGGUGGAGACUCCUGAGUCCUUGUUCAGUUACCUGAUAGAGCGAGUCCGGAACAACCUGCACAUCGUGCUCUGUAUGAGCCCAGUGGGAGAGCCCUUCAGGGACCGCAUCCUCCAUUACCCAGCGCUGGUUAACUGCACCACCAUUGACUGGUUCUGUGAGUGGCCCAAAGAGGCUCUGCUGGAAGUCGCUGAGCGGUACUUGGAUGGACUGGAUCUGGGCUCCUUUGAGGGGAUCCAGACAAAGGUUGCCAGUAUCUUUGUGACCACACACCAGUCGGUUGUGCAGAUCUCCCAAAGGAUGAAAAUGGAGCUGAAGAGAAAUAAUUAUGUGACCCCCACCAACUACCUGGAGCUGGUGUCUGGAUACAAGAAGUUGUUGGAGGAGAAACGCAGGGAAUUGGGGGAGCAGGUGAGCAAACUGAGUAAUGGCCUCUUCAAGAUCAGCGACACGCGGGUGAAGGUGGAGGCUAUGUCUGUAGAGCUGGAGGAAGCCAAGAUCCAGGUGGCCGAGUUCCAGAAACAGUGUGACGAGUACCUGGCCGUCAUUGUGCAGCAGAAGAGAGAAGCUAACAAACAGAAGGAUGUAAUGCUAGCAGAUAAGAAAAUCAAGGCAGAAGAGCUGCAGUGUAAAGCCAUGGCUGAGAACGCACAAGAAGAUCUGGACGAGGUCCCUGCCAGCACUGCAAGAUGCCAUUAA